UAUAAACAGGAGUGUAAGAGAGGGGCACGUAAGUAGUCGUAAUCUCUCUGUUUGUGCUGAGAGCCCCUGUGCAAGGGAUCUGAGGCCAGAAAGUUGCAGCACGGUGGCUAUCCAGCUUGUCUGACAGGUGAGAUUGCCAUCAGGUUUUUCCUGUCACUGUUUGGAAGACUUUUUAUCUUCAUUUCUGUGAAACCAAGGAUGUCCCUCCCACGCCAGCUUCGGGAUGAGAGUGAUUUUGACCAGUUACCUGAAGAUGUUGCUGUAUCUGCUCACGUAGCAGAUGUGGAGGAGAAAAGAGGCUUUACUGUAUAUUAUGCUUUUGUGAUCGAGGUGAAAACCAAAGGUGGUAGCAAGUAUUUUAUAUACAGAAGAUACAGCCAAUUUUUCACUCUCCAUGCCAAACUGGAACUUAACUAUGGCCCGGAGAAUAGCAUACCCCCGUAUGUCUGCAUACUUCCUGUCUUACCACCAAAGAUCUAUGUCGGGAGUAAGAAUGAAAUUGCAGAGGCUCGCAUUCCACUUCUCAAUGCAUAUAUGAAGGGUCUGCUGAAUUCCCCUGUUUGGCUCCUAUUAGAUGAAGAUUUGAGGGUAUUUUUCUGCCAAACAGUAUUUGACAGUGAGCGGAUCCCACGUGGCCUGCGCAGGUUGCGCCCCCAAACGCGGAAAAUAAAGCAGAAUACUCAACAUGUCUGUUCUGAUAUGGACAGAUCAAGGGCAGAGGCACUCUUUGAUUUUAAGGGCAACGCUGCACCUGAGCUGUCCUUUAAGAGUGGAGACGUGAUUUAUCUUCUGAGUCGAAUCAACAAAGACUGGUUGGAGGGAACAGUCGGUGACCGGACAGGUAUCUUUCCACAUUCAUUUGUGAGGAUAAUCAAAGACCUCCCGGAGGAACAGAUUUCAGCCAGCCUGCUGCGAUGUUAUUUUCAUGAUGAUGAUAUCUGCCACAUCAGGGACAUAUCUGUUGAGGAAGAUGUGAGGAAAUGUCCAUCUUAUAAAGAACUUCUAGAUUUAAUAAGAAAUGAAUUUCCUGAGGUUGAUGUGGUUCUGAACAUGCAGGACAAUGAGGGAGAACUCAUUCGCCUAAUGGACAACAGUGACAUGGACCUCCUCAUCACACAGGGAAAAAGGAAAACCCGUGCUGGGAACUACUUCCCCUGGGAACUGCAUGUGACUCGCAACGGGGACCUGGACAUUUAUGGAACAGGAUCGUGAAAGACCAAAUAAAUUAUAACUCUGUGUGCAAUAUGAUAUAUUAUGUUUAGUAUUUCUGUUCAUAAUGUAAAUGUGGAAUUAAAAAUUCAAGAUUGUAAAGUAUGAAAAGGUAAACUUACUACAAUUUUCAAUGCUGGUUACAUUGAAACAAGGAGAUCAUGUUUUUAUAUUUGUUGAAGGUUCUUUUAAUCUCAGUUACUAGAACUAGAGUAGUCACAAUAAACGUAAUUUGAGCCUGCACACAGGCAAUGGGGCUCGCUAAGCCACCAUACCCAAAGCAUUCACAUACCACAUCCUCCCGAGCAUCUUUUCCUAAGUAAGACAUCAAAAUAAGAAAUAUAUCAGAGGGCUACAUGGGGUGCAGUGCAAUCGGAAGGCUAUUUAACCAGAUAGCAUAACAAUAUUUUGUCUGUAGCCUUAACCAUAAUUAAGCCUAUGACCGAAACAUUGUAAUAUUAUCUGUUUAAAUCUUCGUGUCUCGGACCAAAUAAAAAGCAUGGCCUUCUAAUUGCACUGCAUGCUGUGCAGCCCUCUGAUUUUGAAAAUAUUUUUUUUCUUAUUUUGAGACAACUACUAGAGUAGUCAUCACCCACAGUUAUUCCAUGAAACAACAUAGACCACGAUUCAGUUAAUUGGUUGCGAUACACGGAACAUUAACCACUAUCUGUGAUUUAGUAAGGCGCACGAUUGUUGAAACACUCUUUUCUCUUUUCUUCUCUAGACAUAUAUUAUUGUAUAUUUUUUUAUUUUCAUUUGUAAAGUGUAUGAACACCUGUACUACACAUAAAAUAAUCUAUUAAAACAUUCUUGUUUAGAAUGUA